AUGGCCUCCAUCCGCGAGACCAUCCGGAACGGCGCAAGCUACCUGGUAGGCGUCAUUAGAGAGAAGGCGCAGAUCCAGUACCAAGAGGUAUACCUGAAGCUCGAAACUCAUGCUCGCGUAUUCAAGCGAUCUUUCCAGAGGCCAACCCCCUAUAUCGUCGCAGCAGGACUCAACAAUGUCCGCGACAGCAACACGCGUACAGAACUUCUGCCGCGGGCCAGGCAGCAGCAGUCCUACCACGCCGUCGCCACAGGCCGUAUUGCGAAGCCCAAGCGAGAACCCCAUCCCCGAGAACUGGACCCUAAAUGGUACGAUAUGGCCAUGAAGCGGAAGUCCGCAGAAGAGUUCCGCGAGCGCGAAAUGCGUCUCCGAGAGAACGAGCGAAUGGUGUUGAGGGAGCGCCAGCAACUACAGCGACAAAAGCGUCGUGCUCCGUACGACCGAAACUCCAUGGGGCGCGCAACCGGUAUCAAGGAUAAGCGUCCCCGGUGGACGUCGCAGCCAGCACUCCCGCCGCCAAAAGCUUUCAGCAACUUACAACAUCCCGCCGAGUUCUACGAGAACCAGACCUCCGAGGAGCGUAGGGCGUAUGUGCGUGAGAAGCUGACCAACGUGCUCGGUGAGCAAAAGAUGAAAGAGCCCAUCCUUCCUUCCGGUCACAACCCCAUGGAACCCGUCAUCGCCGAGCACAACCAGCGCAUGGCCACAAUCAGCCUUCUGAACCAGUUCGAAGCUCACAAGGCUGAUGUAGAGCGCCAGCACCACGAGCAGAUACGUCUAGCCCGUGAAGAAGAGGCCACUCGACUCAAAACACAGAUUCUCCUUGGUCACUACAAGGACGUCUACAAGGGUCGUAUCAACGUGCUAGCAUGGCAUACCGGCCACAUGCUCGAAGGCAUCGACCGACUUGAACAUCUGCUCCAAACCGGAGAACAGUGGGAGGUGGCCAAGGUUGUGCAAGUUCUGACCCACCAAGUCUUUGAACCCGUCAAGCGUGUGCUUGAAGAGUUUGACGCUGAUAUCCCUCUGGAUCCGGAUGGCGCCCAGAAGCUCAAGGAAGCAUGGCCCAUGGCUCGUCUACAGGGACUCUAUGACUUCUUACUGGGCAGGUCCAACAACCUGGAUUCACAGACUAUGCGCAUGGCUCAGUGCAUUGAGGAGAUCCUUCGACGCCUGAACAGCCCGACGGUAUUUGUCGACCCUCUUGCGCCCAAGCCGCAGCCGCUCAAUGACUUCCGCCAGAGCUACGGCUCUACAAACGUCAACCCACAGACAAGCUCUGCUUCUCAGUCUGACCAACCCCUCCCUGGCGCAGUUCCACCCCCCGCAGGAGGAUGGUCCUUCCGUGGCCGCGCCUCCACUUCCGGCCUCGACCCCGACGCCCCCCAAUUCACGCACGCCAACGCCACUACCUCCGCACCACCCGGAAGCGGCAUCUCAAAACUCAUCGCCGCAACCGCCUCAAACGCCGCCUCCAAAGGCACCAACCCCCAAAUCCCAUCCAUCACCAUCGAGCCCGGCGACAGCGCCGCACGCACCUCGGUCCUCCAGUACAUCAGCACCGACAACAUGGUCCUCCAAGCCGAAAUGGAAGACAUGUUCCGGCACGCCGAGCCCAAGAACAGUCGCCGGCGCGCUGUCACCGAGUGCAUCAAGGGCCUUGUUGAUGCUGCGAAUGGCGAGGAUAAGGUGCUGGGUACGAUGGAUGCGACGUAUUAUCGCGCGCAGAUUGAGGAGUGUGUGAGGAAGAUUGAUGGGCUGGCGAAGAGGUAUAAGGAGGUUAAGGAGACGAAGGCGCUUAGGAAGCUUUGUGGGCUGGCGUUGAAGAUUUGGGCGAUGCAUGGGUGA